CUGACUUGGUAUUCCGAGUUGGAUAACCGUUCAAAACUAUUUUCAUAGUUGGAGCUCGAUUUUCCGAAUUCCCAGUAAACUAGGACUCACUGACGUCGGAGAUUCUCGAGACGCCAGUUGUUAUGAACGUGGCAUCAAUCUAGGGGAGUGAUUUAAACGUCAUCACCGGAAGUGGCAUUUAGAUUAGUGUGACAAGCUAGCUACAAAACAUCUUAUCUAUAGUCUGAAUACCAAUUUUAUGCAAAUGUUUAUUUCUAUUUCAAGUUGACAAGCAAUAUAGUCAUCCGGGGAAUAAUUUGCGGUCCUCACGGUGUUCGUGACAUGUAUUUUGUCUGUACAAACCUGUUUCUUCCUAAAUGUGCAUCUUUAACAGAGCUAGUGUUAGCUAGCUUGAUAAUACUGUACCACAGAACAAUGAGGUUAAGUUAUGCACAUCUUUGACUGUACUGUCGUUGGUACCAGUCUGCCGGCUCCAACUCAGCUGUCACAACUUUCUCUGUAUCGAGAAUUCUCCAACACCAACAUGGAAAAGGACUUCUCAACCUUGUCAGGGCGUGGACAAGACUAGUAAAUGAUUCUCAAACCAACACUGCGCAAUAAGGAUCCAGCAUGUUAAACUCAGGGUUCAUCCCAAUAUUCUUCAAGCUGAGACAAUAACAGCACUUCUGCAUUCAUCUGUGGGAGUCACAGCAUGGGUAUCCUGAGGGUUCUAGUCAACACUAUGGGUAGAGUCAGCACCUUCAGGUCCUAUCAGUUUGUCCUCCUCCUCACGGCUGCGCUGGCCGUUGUAGCCUUCUAUUUCUUUGGCUCAGAGAGGCAUGAUUUCUCCAGCACCACCAAGCGCAUCAAACAGACCCAGGCCAGCCACAACACCAACCGGAACGAUGCAGACCUUUCCCUGGACACCAGGCUGGUGCACCCUGAGGGAGGAGAGUUGGAGAGGGAUGGAGAGGAGGGUGAAGUCAGGGCUAGGAGGGCAGACAGUGGGCAUGAGGUCAGCCAGUACUACCAUGCCCUCAUGAUGUUCACGAAGGUGGACAAGAGCCGAAGCCUGCAGGAGAAGUUCCGGGUGGCCAUGUUAUCCAUGGCGAAAUACAGCCUCUUCCUGGACAAAGAGGUGCUUGUCCUUCAUUUUGUGAGCGAUGAGGCCAGCCGAGAGCUGGGCGAGAGGAUGCUCCCAGAGCUGCUCCUCGUCGGAACUUUUCAGUAUGAGGUGGUGUUCCAUGACGUGGGGGUCCUGAGCCAGAAGCUCUUCCCCAUCGUGGAGGCCAUGCAGAAGCACUUCAGCGCCGGCUCCGGGGCCUACUAUAGUGACGCCAUCUUCUUCCUGUCAGUGGCCAUGCACCACAUCAUGCCCGCAGAUCUGCAGCGCAUUGUACAGCUGGACCUGGAUCUGAAGUACAGGAGCAACAUCAGGGAGCUGUUUCUGGAGUUUGAUCUAUUCCCUCCCGGAGCUGUGAUCGGCAUCGCCCGAGAGAUGCAGCCAGUAUACAGACACACCUUCUGGCAGUACCGUAAGGAGAACCCUCAGUCCCGUGUGGGGGAGCCUCCUCCCGACGGCUUGCCGGGCUUCAACAGUGGCGUGAUGCUGCUGGACCUAGGGGCCAUGCGGACCUCAGCCCUCUACAACCAACUCCUGGAGCCCAGAAACGUGGCCCAGCUGGCUGACCAGUACCACUUCAGGGGCCACCUGGGGGACCAGGACUUCUUCAGCAUGAUCGGCAUGGAACACCCAGGGCUGUUCCACCAGUUGGCCUGUGGCUGGAACCGCCAGCUGUGUACCUGGUGGAGGGAGCAUGGAUACGGGGACGUGUUCCAGCUCUACUACCGCUGUGAGGGGCCGGUGUAUAUCUACCAUGGAAACUGUAAUACGCCCAUACCCGAUGACUGAGUUGGGACCUCGUAAUGUGUUUCCCUAAAUGGUGGGUCUGUUUUGUGGUGAACUCAUUGGAGGUUGUGGCUCAAGACUGGGUUCUGGAGAGAAAAAAGAUAUUAGCUACACAACUUUCUGGGUCACAACAAAACUCCAAAAGGUCUUAGUUUAGCCAUGUGGCAACAAAAGUUUUGGAAUCAAAACCAUUUCUGUACUGUACCACUGCUACUGUAAACAUUGCUCCCACUCCUGCCCCCUGCUGGACAGGUGUGCAAUACAGUCAGUACAAGGCAUCUCACUCACUCCACUAAUGUCAAGUGAUGCUAAUGAUAAACGUGGAGCAUAAAGAGACCUUGCUGGUGAAAAUUGCCGAAUGCCAUACUUUGUUCUCUCAGUUCACUUUUUGGAACAUUUAACAUUCUUGAAGAAUGUUGGACUGUGGUACAAAAAAGAAUGGUUAGCGUGCAUAAGAGAAAAUGGCAAACCUUCACCAACAAAAAUAACUCUUUACAUUGAAUAUUCCUGACAAACUGUAAUAAUACCCUGGUGUAAUGUAUGAGAGAAUAUGAGCUGAUUAGUGUGAGUAUUUUAUCUGUGCUAAUGUGGGUUUGCUGUGUAUCAUGGUAGUCAGUCUGGAUUUGUCUGUCUCUCUCUUUUCUCCCUCUAAUCAGCUCAAGAUUAGGUGAGGGUUAACAAUCAGUGCUCAUUCACUGCCCGCCCUGGAGUAGUGAACUACAUGUAGUUCAACUAGUGAUUUAACUACAUUUUGCAGUAGCUUGGUGGUAGUUUAACUAAAUUCAAAUCUUGGUAGUGUUUUCAGUAGUUAAUUACUUGUUUUGCUAUGUAGGGAUGUAGAUAACUACUGGAAUUACACACUACUUAUUUUGCAAAAAUCAUUUCAUUUCUUUUACAAAGCAUCAGACCUGCCUAAAUCUCAUUUGAAACAUAAUUUUUGUGUUAAAUAGGCAAAAUUACACCUUCUGGUUGCAUAUCACCCUAAAGUGUAGUCUAUGGCAUUUCAGAUUUGUUCACCUAGGAGUGUGGAUGUAGUGAAGUACUUUUUCAAAGUAACUUUAGUUAAAUGAACUAUAUUUUUCUUAAGGGUAGCUUUAGUGUAGUUUAACUUAUUCCAGUGUGAAGUAAUUGGUAGCUUGGUAAACUAUAUUUUCAGAGUAGCUUCCCGAACACUGUUGUUUACCAAUGCUGGACUCUUUUCUGGCAGGGUGAGUGGGCAGGAAGUACGACACACUGACACCCGCUAGGACAUCCCAGUGACUGCGUAAUGGAGAGAAGAGGGGGAGGGGAGAGGGCGGUACAGGUGAGGGAUGAUAGGCUACACAUGUAGAUGCUUGGCCCACACACAAACAUACAUUUUCGAGUGGGAUUUAGCCACCAUUGUGACUACAUAUUGACCCCGUUUUGUUUGUCUCUGUGUUACCUGGAGCUGACAUUAAUAUAUAUGCCAUUUAGCAGAUGCUUUUAUCCAAAGCGACUUAUUCAUGUGUGCAUACAUACGUAUGGGUGGUCCCGGGAAUCUAACUCACUCUCCUGGCAUUGCAAGCUCCAUACUCUACCCACUGAGCGACAGAGAGUAGCAGGAAUCCCACUCUGGAACUUUGAUAUGCCAGUAGAGCAGGGUUCCCCGACUGGCGGCCUGUGAUUUUAUUUGGCGCCCCAAAUUUUCUGAGCAAAUCAUUUUUUUAUUGUUAGACAUAAAAGGCUGUAAAAACCCCAGCAAAGGAGCUCCAAGUGAUCACAUUUUUAGACAUCUGUUCCAAAGUAUUCCCCACAAAUAAUAGAGAGAUAUGUGAUUGUAUACAAAUGUAAGCAAGGUUUGAAAUUAUUAUGUUUCAGUGAAAUAUUAUAUCUGUUUGGGCUUCUUGCAGUCAAUUUGCAGUUAUUUACAAAUUAUUUUCAAGUUACAGAUGCAAUUUAACCUCCCAUGUUAUUGUAAAAUGUUGAGAGGUUAGCAUGACACUACAUUAUUUACCAUUCAUUUCUAUUGGGCACAAAAUAAUCUGAAACACAACUAAAACAAACAUCAAAUGCAUCCAACAAAUUCGUAGUCACAAGCUUAAUGUAGUCAUUGCGUGCUAUGAAUAUGGGACAAAAUACUUAACUUUUUACUACUUUAAUACACAUAUAAGUGAAUGUCCCAAUAUUUUUGGUCCUCUAAAAUGGGGGGAUUAUGUAUAAAAGUCCUGUAAUUUCUAAACGGUUCACCCGAUAUGGAUGAAAUUCCGCUCAAAUUAAAGCUGACAGUCUGCAGUUCAACCUGUUAGUCAUUGUACCAUUUAAAAUCUAAAGUGCUGGAGUACAGAGCCAAAGAAACAAAACAUUUCACUGUCCCAAUACUUUUGAAGCUCACUGUACAUAAGUCAUCUGAAGGCAAGCUAAUGAGGUCACUCUUUUUUGGAUUUGGUCCAUUGUAUGUACCCUGCGUGUCUAUAGAGCAGACUAAGUACAGUUGAACCUAGCAAUCAGCCUGCAGGUAAGAGGAAUCGACUGCUCUGACACAUCAACCUGUGUACAGUGUGUUGUGCUGCCAGAUCAUAUCAAGGUUAAGGAUAAGCCACUCCAGAACAUACAGAAUAAAAUGCAAUAGGAAAGAUCAUCUGCUAUUGUUGUAUGAUGACGGAGCCAAAGUCAUGUCUUUUUUAAAUUUGUUUGUCUCUUGUAUUUUGUGUUGUUUUUUUGUGCUUGUCAAGUUAACGUCUAGGUUUGGCUCUGGGUUAUGUCAUUUAAAUGUUUUUGUGUUGCUGCUUUUGUACUGUACUUUUUUUGUUUUUGAAAGGUUAACCAUGGUCUCAUUUAGGUUAUGUGGAUGUGCAUAUGAUUAUUAGCUGUGUUCUGUUGUAUUGUGGUAGUGUCAGUGCCACUCGUUUGUGUCAUAUUGUGCAAUGAAAUUUCAAAGGGCAGGGGUUCAGAAGACCCAACUAUACUUUCUCUCAAGUGUCUUUAAAUUAUCUGGCUGCAUUUCAAACCACUGAAUGGCCGCAAAUGCUCCUGUAUUGAAUGUAGGAACCCCAAAAUGUUAUGUUUUCUUCAAGGGCAUAUUCAGCAAAAACGGGUACUCAACACAAUAAGCAUAUAUGCACUACGUACUGUAUUUAAAACAAAUCGCAAUAAUGCAAUCUGUGCACAGCAUUUUCAUAACUGGUCUCCUCCAAGAUACCACUUUAACAUUGACUGACAAGGAGUAUGUCAUACUUCUAUGCCGCAUUCUUCUCUACAUUGAAUGGUAACCACGUUGUCACUUCUGAUACUUUUCUGUAACAUUUAACUUUGCCACCUUGAAAGGAUCUCUAAUCAGUCUUUCAUGUACCUUGGUUUUUAUCAUAUUUGCUUAAUAAAUCAUCAAAACAUUUUG